AUGUCUGCAGGUCAAGAAAUUAAUAAGUAUCUAAAAUUGAAUAAAAUUGGACAAGGCUCCUUCGCCGAAGUUUACAUGGCCAAAGACAGGAUUAGAAAAAAAUACUUCGCUAUGAAGCUAUCCAUACAAAGCAAUAUUGAAGAAUCAAACAAGCUAGUUGUGAUUAGAGAAGCGAAGAUCCUGAAAAAACUGAACCAUCGGAACAUCAUCAAGCUUCUAGAUUACAGUGACUCUGCUGAACAAUCAACAAUUCUAAGUCGCCAUCCGUCAUCUGCUUUAUCAAUCAUUGAAUUCUGCCCGUGCAGCCUUUCACAAUCGAUUAUUCACCCGGAAUUCCAGUUUGAAUUGAUAUUGGGGCUGAAUUAUAUACACGAAAAAAAAAUCUUCCACACAGAUCUUCGACCAUCUAACAUUUUGAUAAAUAUUAAAGGGGUCAAGCUUUUUGAUUUUGGGUUAGCGACUUAUCGGAAUUCAACCCCGCUGAAACAAGAUUGGACCUUCCCUUCAACUGCUAUGUAG